AUGGUGUUGGAUUCAAAUGUUUGUAAAAAACGAUUAUAUAUCGAGCAUUGUGUUAAUGUUACCAAAUCCUUAUGCGAACAAUGCGACUUUUGGCACAAUAAGAGGGACGAUAAACUGUUUUGUGACACACUUAAUUUGACCAAAACACUUCUUAUUAUAUUUUUGGGGUGCGUUUUGGUACUGAUUAUUACUUCGAUCGUUGUGAGUCUCAUCGGAUACCAAAUCAUACAUUCUCGACAUCUUUAUAAUGAGAGGAAAAAGAAAGGGGUAAUAUCAGUUCAUGAUAUUAAAGAACCAUUAAACUGUUUUAUAGAUGGGAUAUACACUGAUAGUUCAAUUAUAGAUCUGGGAGUUGAUGUCCCUGUUAAUAAAACAAGCACAUUUACAACACUUUUUGCUAACAAAUUGGAUUUAUUGGUCAAGCUUCAAUUGGUCUAUAGACAAAACAAUAGUUACGAUAUCACCAUCUCUCCUCAAGUUGUAACUUUGCGACCCAAUGACGCAUGUGUUUUUACAAUUGAUAUUACACCGAAAUACUCUGGCGAUUUUGAUGGAUUUUUAACUUUAAGUUGCGUAUUUCUACGUUGUGGAAUAGAAACAGUGAAAGCACUCCCAUUAAUCUUUUCGACGGAACUUUCAACGUGGAUAGACAGUAGUUGUAUCUCCAAUAUGACUGAGAUAGGACGAGGAGGGAACGGUACAGUCUAUCGAGGUAUAUACAGAGACAGAGUUGUGGCAGUUAAGACUAUGAAAUGUGCUAAUAUGUGUGACACGGACGACGAAUUUACAACAGAAGUUGAUAUGUUACAAAAAAUGCGAAGUCUGUUUGUUCUUGAAUUUGUUGGUGCUGUACUUGUUGGGGAGAAAAAGAUGAUUGUCAUGGAAUUUAUCAAAAAUGGGAAUCUUGAAACGAUCAUAAAGAAGUAUACAUACCAAAAAGAUGAGAAAGAAGUUGUGCAAAUUAUAAAAAUAUCAAAAGAAAAACAGCAAGACGUACAAAACACAAUUCAAGACAAAUCAAUUAGAAACGAUGAAAUAAAAUCAAGUGAUGAAAAAUCAAAUGUUCUGUUGCAGACAAACUCGUCACUGCAAUAUAAAACUGAAAACUUUCAAAAAGCUGAAGACCAUCUUCUCAUUAGCAAUAUAAAAAAAGAAAACACUAACGCACUUCAAAAUUCAUCAGACAAACUUAACAUUAUUGGUGAUGUCUCAAGUCAACAUACUUUAAUUAAUACAUUAAAUUCUCAGAACAAUUCUGCUUCAAGUACCAUCGGUCACAUUAAAAAAAUUCAGAACAGUCCAUUGAGUUUAGAAAAUCUCUUAACAAAUCACAAAUCAUUAAUUCAACAUCCACAUCAAAAGCUCUCAAAAAACGUCCGUUAUAAAAUGUUAUUAGAUGCAGCCAAAGGAGUAGAGUACCUGCACACCAACGGUAUUCUCCAUAGAGACAUUAAGCCCGGGAAUAUAUUAGUAGAAGAAUUGGAGAAUAUCACCGAGGUGAAUGCAAAAUUGUCUGAUUUUGGGAGUGCGAGAAAUGUGAAUUUGUUGAUGUCAAAUUUGACGUUUACUCGAGGAGUUGGAACGCCUUCGUUUAUGGUACCAGAGAUAUUGAACGGACAGAAAUACUCAAUUGAAGCGGAUGUGUAUGCACUUGGAAUCACUUUCUUCGAAGCGUUUGCGUGGGAAGAGGCUUGUGUGGAUGUGAAAUAUUUCUUUGAAAUAGCAGAACGUGUGUGUAAGGGAGAACGUCCAAAAAAUAAAAAUUUGACUGAAAAAGAAAUAAAAAUACUUGAAAAGAUGUGGGCGCAAAAUAAACAUGAUAGAGUUCCAAUAGAAGAUGUUGUUAAUAUUAUGCAAAUAAUGUUGGAUAAAGUUCGAUAA